AUGGUUGCGAACUUUUCGGAACGUGAGCAACCGCUCCCAGCCGAUCAGCAGAUUGAGUGUGGUGUCUCAGCUCCUAGAUCAGAGUAUUUUCGUCAAUUUUUGCAACAACAAUGCCGUGGAUCUCAUAUGCCAGUUGCCUCUCAAUCGUCUGAGCAACAGCAACGUUAUACACAAGCGCCGUCGGUGCUUUCACAGCCACCAGGUUAUCAGUCUUCGGUUAACUUUCCACCUUCGGGAUAUCAACAGUUUCCGAUAUCGAAUUCAUUAGGGUCGCAAGCGCCAAGACCACCACCCAGGCCCGAACAGUUGUACGCGCAGGAAAAUCUUAACACAGGACGAGUGCCUGCUCAGCAGAAUGUUUUUAAUCGAAUACAUGCAGACCAUGUAACUGGACCUACCGCCCAACAAUUAGCCGCUCGUCAAGAAUGGCCGCUUUUCUUCAGCUCGUUUCGUAACUCAACCGAGGCGUGUGGAUAUAACGAUGCUGAAAAUUUGGCGAGACUGCAACGUUGCCUGCGAGGACAUGCUCUAGAAAGUGUUCGCAGUCGUCUGUUAAUUCCAGAGUCAGUUCCCCAGGUAAUUACUUCUCUAGAACGGCUCUACGGAAGACCUGAGGUAGUGAUUAAUUCACUUUUAAAGCGAAUGCGGGAAAUUCCUUCCCCUAGAGGCGAUGAUCUGAAGACUUUAAUCAAGUUUGGCAUGGGAGUGGGAAAUUUGGUAGAGCACAUGAUAAUGGCAAACCAGAGGCAACACGUCAGCAACCCAAUGCUGUUGCAGGAAAUGGUAGAUAGACUCCCCCCGAAUUUGAAGCUACAGUGGGCGUCAUUCAAACGUAGUUACCAUACAGUUGACUUAGAAGCGUUCAACAAUUUUAUGACAGAACUGGUAACAAUGGCAAGCGAAGUUGUGCUAGUCGUGGAUCCAGUGCAGCAGAGUUCAACAAAAUCGGACAAAAAUAGAAGAGAAAAUGCAAAGGAGAGGCUGUUCGUACACCAACAAGCACAUCUGACAUCGGAUUCGGGAGCAAACAGAUCGCAACAAAUGUAUGCAAGCAAACUUUGCUCACACUGUAAUCAGAAAGAUCACCGAAUUGCCGAAUGCCAAAAAUUUAAAAAUUUGAACUUGGACGACAAGUGGAAAGCGGUCAAACAGAAGGGACUGUGCCGAAUGUGCUUGAUCCCACAUCGUACGUGGCCAUGUCGGUCCAAGCAAGAAUGUGGAAUUGAAGGUUGCCGUUUGCGUCAUAAUUCUCUACUGCAUUCGGGAAACAAUGUGUCAAGUAUGCCUUCAGUGCCAACAUCCACCCACCGAAACAUUGCUCAUCAACAUCAUCACUCUAUGACGUCUUCAGCCAUACUUCGAUACAUCCCUGUGACACUCUACGGAAAUGGGAAGAGCUUAGAUAUUUACGCGUUCUUAGAUGAUGGAUCAUCAACGACCAUGUUGGAAGCUGAAGUGGUGAGCCUAAUGGGGGUAGAAGGACCCAAGGAGCCGCUGUGUCUGUGUUGGACAGGAGAUGUGGUCAGGAUGGAAAAGGAGUCACAGCGCGUUGAAUUCGCAAUCGCAGGAAAGAACGAUAGGAAACACUUUCCAUUAAAAGCGAGAACGGUGGGACAAUUAAAAUUACCCAGCCAAACGGUAGCUCGCAAUCUACCUAUACUAUACGAACUAUACGAGCAUCAUCCGUAUUUAAAGAAAAUACCGCUUAGCAGUUACACUCAAGUUACUCCCAAGCUUAUCAUCGGAGUAGAUAACGCUCAGCUAAUUAGUGCCCUUAAAAGUAGGGAAAGCGGUCAAGGAGGGUUGAUUACCGUUAAAAAAACACGACUGGGGUGGUGUUUAUACGGACGACACGCAGCCCAUGGAAAGUUUGUAGAGAACGUGAAUGUACAUGUGGAACGUUGCGAACAUGAUAUCGAGCUGCACGACCUAUUCAGACAGUUUUUGGCAAUCGACGAAGCGAACAUCCAGCAAAGUAUGUCAUCGGAAGAAGAUAAAAGAGCGUUGAGGAUACUCCAGGAAACUACCCGAAAAGUUGACGGGAAACUGGAGACUGGACUACUGUGGCGUUAUGACGAGCCCUGUCUGCCAAACAGCUAUCCUAUGGCUGUACGGAGAAUGGAAGCUUUAGAGAGAAAGCUGUCCAAAGAUUCGCACCUUCAUCACAAAGUGCACCAACUAGUGGCAGAAUACAUAGAUAAGGGUUACGCCCAUCGAAUAAAACCAGAGGAGCUCAAGUUUAUUGAACCAAGUCGCGUAUGGUACCUACCACUUGGGGUAAUGAGUAACCCACGCAAGCCGGGAAAAAUCAGACUAAUCUGGGAUGCGGCGGCGCGAGUCGAUGGCGUGUCUUUCAACGACAUGAUGCUGAAAGGACCGGAUAUGCUGACCGCUCUGCCUACAGUAUUGUUACGCUUUCGACAGAAACGUGUGGCAUUCAGUGGAGACAUACGGGAAAUGUUCCACCAGUUUCUGAUUCGGUCGAACGACAAGCAAAUGCAGCGAGUCGUUUUCAGAGAACAACGAGGACAACCCCCACAAAUAUUUGUGAUGGAUGUCGCUACGUUCGGCGCGGCCUGCUCGCCGUGUAUUGCACAGUAUCUGAAAAACAAAAAUGCGGAGGAGUACGCAGAGCAGUUUCCCGAGGCAGCAAGAGCAAUCGUUGAAAACCACUACGUGGACGAUUAUCUCGAUAGUGUGGACUCGGUAGAAGAAGCGGUGAAGCUGAUUCAGGAAGUCAAAUACGUUCACUCUAUGGCAGGUAUGGAAAUAUCUAAACGUCAGGAAAUAUACUAA